GGUUUGGCGGCUAGGCUUGGUAAAUCACGUACUGGUAGUCAUCGAAGCUAGCCAAGUAUUUUUGGUUGAAGGUCAUCCCGUGAGCAGACAGAUACGAUCUCGGAUAAGCACAACUCCUGACCUUGUUGCGUCUGACCUCCUCCUGCAUGUCGGAACAUAGGUGCGUGCUGCGUCCAAGCGCUCGCGGAGUGACGAGAACAAGGACAUCGCUCGCUCCAGCCUGUCCAGGUCAGAUUCCCGCAGCAGACGUGACCCGAUCGACCCCUUUCAUAGCUGGAGCGCCGGUGGAGUACGGAGCGGUGAACAGAAUGACUGGGUGAAGCCAUGGCUUCUCGCUCGUGAUCGCAAAACCCGGUAGAUCCGUGUUCAUUUCUCGCUAGUUGUAUUUGCUAUUCAGCGCAAGACCAUCGCAGCCACCUACUAGUAUUCCUCUGCAUGUCUACCGCCUCAAUGCGAAGGCAAUCUCGCCACGGUCACACAGGCCUUCACUCCCCAACACCGGCUCACAAUAUGGACAGCUCUUCUACGUUGGACGGCCAGUCGAUGGCGGGUUCUCCAAGCACACCGACGUCGUCGAUGCCUGUGCAUGGUGGCAGUCGAAGCAGCGACGCUCUGGAGGCUCUCUCCGUUGCCUUCUGGGGCAGCAAGCUUCGCAUGAGCGGCUACACAGACGGGGACCAGCUGGUCGAUUACGAUUCGCUUUGGCCCAGUGGCUGUGACCUGCGUAACGCUGUGGAGGAUUUCAGACAGUCCGAACUGGAAUACGCCGUGCUGGACUGUUGCCGUUUGACGGUGCUGUGCGGCCCAGUUCGUGUGCUGAAAGCGCUGCUCACCGCUAAGAUCGUCAGCGUGGAUCAGAUGUUCCAGCCACAUGGGGUGACGCUGAUGCACAUGGCGUGUGUUGCUCAGCUGCCUGACGUGGUCACCAUGCUCAAGGAGUUCAAGCCCGCAAACAAGCCAGAUUUGCUCAAUCGCACUGCGCAGGAGCUGUGUCUGGACAGAGCCACGCGAGAGCGCCUGUCUGCAGUACGGCGUGUGGGAGGAGCGCUACGCAGAGCUGGAUCCCGCGCCAGCAGUGCUGUGGCCAAGAACCUGGCCAAGGGGGAAAUCUUUCAAAUGGCAGCAGAGCCCAUGAAGUGUGUGGAGUUGCUUAUUCAGAUGCAGAGACUUGACUUUGAGGUGGAUGCAGAGAAGGACGACGAUGGCAACUGUGUGGUGCACCUUGUCACGUCCUGUGGGAUAUCGCAGGUGGGGACACUGCUGUGCCUGCAGCGCUUGUUCAAGGCUGACUUUGAUCUAUACAACGAGGAUGGAAUGACACCACUGUGCAUCGCGGCACAUGAUGGAUGUCUACCGCUGUGUGAGCUUCUGAUGUGUGUACUGGGUGCAUCGCCUAACAAGCCUAACAACUUGACAGGCUGGACUCCGCUGCACUUUGCCGCCUCGCAGUGUCACAUAGACGUCGUUCUGUCUUUCAUCCGCCGUGGUGCCUUAGUCAACCUUGAGUGCAAGAUGGGCAGUCUACCUGAUGACGUCAUACCCAGGGGAAACCCCACAUUUCAGGAAGCUCAGCAGCUGUUGGUCAAUGAGCGCAUGGAUCGAAUGAACAGGCUGACAUCGAAGGCCAAAAGUGGCUCACUGCAUUGGAAUGACGUUCACCCGUCAGAUCAGUUUGUUAUCAACUCCUCCGGCAACACUCUGCUCAUGGAGGCAGCGGAGAACAAUCGCAGUGGUGUCGUCAACGAGCUAUGCAACUUGGAGAACGCACCCAUCAAUGCACAGCACUUCAAGACUGGCUUGACUGCAGUAGCAAUGUGUGCCACCGGAGGCUGUGUUGGAAGUCUGCAGCAACUUCUCAAGCAUGGUGCAGACCCGCGCAUUGUGGACAUGGAUGGGAUGUUGGCACUGCAUCAUGCGUGUCGCUGGAGAAACAUCGACUGUGUCGUGGAACUGGUCAAGCCUGCAAAGGGCCUACACGGCCUGGCAGCAGCCAGAAAGUACACGAAUGACAGUCAAAUACUGGCCAUCCUCGACGACGCACGCAAGCGACGCCAAGAAGAAGUGAUCAAGCCAUUGUUGUUCGACUCUGUGGCAAAGGGAGACCUGGAGGCCAUCGGUGCUUUCCCCUGGGAAGAAGGAGAGGAUGACGUGAAUGUCCGGAACAGCUACAAUGAAUGGCCAUUGCUACUGGCCGCGCAGAACGGUCAUGCGGACAUUGUCAGAAUGCUGCACAAGCUGGGAGGACGGGUAAACCAGUAUCAAGAGGAUUCCGGCAACACACCCCUGCAUGCCGCGUGUCGCGGUGGACACUUUGCCGUCGUCGAAUUCCUGCUUAACUUCACGGCCAGCCGAUCGCAGCUGUCACCGACCUCGUCCACGGGCUCAGUGCCAGUAUCGCCGCUAGCGCUGACCAAGCCUGAACCACUGCUGGACAUUAACCAGCGUAACACGUCGGGUCACACGUCACUGGAACUAGCCGUCUCGCAAGGUCAUGCUAGAAUCAUCGAGAGCCUGUGUGAGAGAGGUGCCAGCUGUACUUUACCAGACAGCAGUGGUCACCUGCUGGAGAGUCGGCAGUUUAUGGGCGUACAGGUCAUGCUCAAGAAGUUUCGCCAGCAACACAUGGACCAGAUUGUGGCUACGUUCAUGAGGAAGAAAGACCUGGCUGUUCUAAAGGGCCUGUGGGUGAGCCCACACGACCAUUCACUACGCAACGAGAUUGAAGAAUCCCCUCUGAUGGUUGCCUGUAGCAAUAUGGCGCGCAUGGAGAUUCUCCACUUCCUUCUCAGCGACAUUCGGCCAGCGACAACACCAGAGACGCAGGAAGCCGAACGCCCAUUCUCACCCCAGCGUCGCCCGGCAUCAACAACAUCGGGUAUGGAAACGCCAGAUCAGGGUAACGGCCGAGGGCGAAAGAUGUCCACGCCGAUUCCCCGCUCCUUCGCCAUCGGCGACACUGCGGACAUGAGUGCAACGCCGAAUAGCAAGCAUUACAGACGGGGAACCACCUCGGCAGAUUCGGUCUUCAUGUUGCCACGGCAAAGCCAUAGCAUGGCUACCAUUCCAGACACCAAUGACGACGAGGUCGACGGACCAAACGUUCGCAAGCAGCUGGCCUUCCACAGCUCAAGUAAUUCCCAAGACUCCAGUACCGGAUCGCGCAGGGACUUGUCCGGAUUUGGUCGAGAUGACAUGCUGAACGGGGGAUUUGACCCAUUUGCGGCGGAACGGCCUCCGUCGCCGAUGGACUCCAGCCUGCCAGGACUGGAUGAGACACACCAGCUGGUGGCGCAGAUGUCGCUGAGCGAGUCCGACAUCUCGCUGAGCGGCGGCAGCAUGCACACGUUGCCGUGGAGAGAGCCGCAGAACGACAUGCUGCUGGCGCAGGCACGCGACGGCGGCACGGCGCUGCACCGGGCCGUCAAGGCGGCGUUUGUCAAGGCCGUUCCGGCACUCAUCGCUGCCGACGCGCGUAUCGUCAACGUCGCCGAUCACAACGGCAACACACCGUUGCACUUAGCGUGUCUCUUGAAGCAGAACAAGAUUGUCAAGAUUCUCCUGAAAUGUCCUGAGAGCAAACUGAACAUGCAAAACUGUGACCUGCAGUUACCGGAAGACAUUGCACCGCGUAGUAUGUCCAAGGAGAUGGCAAACCGGCGCCUGAAGAUGGCUGAUGGUGCAACUAAAGUUCCACCGCCUCGCCGUCGACCUCCCUCAGCACUGGACCUGCCCGCUCCACCAGAGCAUCAGCCAAUCAUCCGUCACAACGAGUUGUCGCCGAUACUGGAUGGCACCGGCGGAGCGUCACUGGACUUUGAUGAAGUAGAGGAACAGUUGCUGAGGCUCAAGGCUGGCAGAACGUGAGCACCGCCGACACACCACACACACACAGCAUCACAACUCCCGAAUACGGCGCCAAGAAAGCUCAUCCUGGACUCGGUAGAGGACAGUUUCACCUAUGGUACGGUCCGAAAUCCUCCACGGAACAGCCGCGUUGCGCAAUGAAUGCAAAUAACUGUCCUGAUGCAUUGCAUAUGUCCGAUACCAACUGUGGAUCUUCUCAGAGAAUGAAAAGGUCAGUGCUUUACCAGGUCAGUUAUACUAGCCUAACUCUUUUAGUGUUAUUUUCCUACCCACCGUACUGGACUAUUACCACCAAAUGCAUACACUGGAAACAGUCACUUGUACCAGUGACUCUUUCACUGGGAUUGUUCUCCCGUCCACGACGGGACUUUCCCCACCAAACACGCACAUCACCGUAGUAUACUGCACAGUAGAGCUAAGUGCAUUUCAAAACUUAGUUUUUUUGUCUCUGUCUAUUUGCACCGACUUGCAUGCUAUCCAUGACCCCUUGUCUUGAGCCACCGUGAGAGCGUAAAGAGAAAUGGCACAUGUUUUAACUGCCAGUACUUGAAGUCGUGUUAUUUUUGAAGUAGUAUUUUGUUUUAUUCAUAAUAUGGUGCUAAAUACACCUGGCAAUAUGGCGGUGACUACACGCCUGCCCACACACGCUCUAUUUUUUAAACUAAUAUUGUUACGGCUAGCCUUUAGUCAGCUAGAAACUUUUCCUGUGUGAAAAUUGCAGCUUACAGCGGGCUUCACUAUCUGCCACCUUAUUAUUAUAAUCAUAAUAAAUUUAUUUUUAACGUAUAAUAUUUUUAACCGUCUCAAACAUUCUGAUGAAAUAUUAUGCUAGGACACUGUUGCAUCCCCUUGAUGUUUUUCUCAUAAAGCGGAGAAUUUCGUUUCUCUAUUUUUUUUGGAGAGCCCUGCCGAACUAACUUUAAUAGGCUGUGUUAUUUUUUAUAUACAUCUACUAGUAGUAGACAGCCCCCCCCCCCCCCCCCCCCCCCGCUAGGACCCGCACAUGCACUUGCAUUGCUGGGUCCCUCACAUGCACUUGUAUCUUAGGCAUUCUGCUGUGGCUGGCCCUUUUGCAGUUGCUGCUGAUGUUGUCUACAGUAUAGAUAAUAAUCAUAGUGUACUGGA